AUGCUCAGAAACGCGAAGAAACGAGAGAACCUUGUUCGGCACGAAGGCGGCAACAUGGAGGCUGUCCUAGAACAGCUUUAUUCCUGCUCUACUGCAACACGUGGAUUGACGGCCUUGGCCGCCUACAUGGCCAUUAUCCGGCUAUUACGCUUCCGCCGGGUCCGCGGCAUGAAGCUCUCCGACGUAGAUCGCGACCCUUCGGAGAUUUUCCGGAAGACCACCUUGCUCGAAUUUCCCGCUACGUCCCAGAAGGCGUUGGAAUUAAUGCUCAUCCGUACCUUCGGCAUCCCUUCUGCCGCCGCGGUUUUUCACAAGAGCCGAUCGUUUGUCCACGCGGGCAAGAGGUACGACGACACCGACCUGCUGCUGAAGGAGUAUUUCGAGAACCACACGGAGUCGGACCGCGCGAAUAUCGCGGUAGCCCGCGUGAACGCCAUACACGAAGUGUUCUCCAGCCAGAUCAGCAACGCGGACAUACUCUACUCGCUUGCCUUGUUCACAACGCUACCAGCUAUCUUAAUCGACAGGCUGGAGUGGAGGCGCUGUACCGACAUCGAGAAGGCUGCUUUCCUGGCGUACUACCAAAUCUACGGAGAACGCCUUGGCAUCAAGGGGGCCAGAGAAUGGAAGACCUGGGACGACGCCCAUGCUCACGCGCAGUCCUACGAGGCGGAAUACUUUCAACGCUCAGAAGGCGUCGAGGAGCUCGUCAAUCAGAACAUGGACCUGUUACUCUCAUCCGUCCCGUCAUUCCUGAAGCCGCUCGGCCGGAAGGUGGUGUGCGUGCUGCUGGACCCCCCCCUGUUAGAGGUCCUCGGCUUGUCGGAGGCUCCUCUCCUCCUCAAGUGGUUCUCCAAUGCAGCGAUCAAGCUCCGAGCCAUGGUCCUUCUCUACCUCGUCCCUCCCCGCUUGUUCCCGGCACGCCGCACUCCUGCCAGUCGUCUCGGCUGUGUGCCAUCUCAGUGCCUCGCCUCAAACGCCGGGGGCGUAAAGUCUGCCGAGGAUGCUGACGUCGUGCGGGUGCCCCAGUUCUCCCAGUUCCACGACGCCAAGCAAGGUUGCUUGUUCUACAAGAAUGGCUACCAAAUCAAGAACGUGGGGACCCGCAAAUGUCCGGCGGGGCGCCUGAUGGAGAAAGGUGUGCCGGUCUUCACCGGGACCGGCGCCGGUGGAAGCGCGACCAACAUCAACGGCUGGGCCGCCAAGAAGAACUUGCCUGCUGAGAGUAAGAAGGCGGCCUGAGUUGGCAAAGAAAACAAUGGCAGCAAGAAAAAGGGGUGAUACAUCAUUAUACCAAGACGAAAAAGCCGCACACAAAAAACAUGGGUACAUGUACUAUAGUCUAUAUGAUGGUUACACCCUGCACGGUUUCUCAGGUUCUGCACUGUUAUGAUAUGUAUCGCACAUGGUACGGUACAUGAGUAGGCUCAGAACAGCAGUGUGAAAAUGAAGGAGGGACGGUUGGUUUUGAAGAACAAACUGGCUUCUCAUAUUUUACACGGGAGAAAUAUGCACAUGCACUUGUAAGUAAGCGAGUUUCUUUGAUGCCUCUGAACUAAACACCUACUGCAUAGAGAGAGCCUUUCGUGGUGCUCACCACGUGGUUUGUUGUGUUUUAAUCAGUUUGCUUCUGGACCAUUGUUCGAUUCUCAAUGUCUGUUACGUUCCUAGCACUUCGGUUGUUAGAUGGAUGUAUCAAGUCUAUACAAACUGUAGGAUCGGCGGACCUGUGUAUGUGGUACCACAACCGGCACAUGGACAUAGUUGUAGACACAUUGGAUGUUCAUCGUGCCCCACAGCCUCCCACCUAGAGUAAGCAUCGUAGCAGAGGCGUACAACCCUGUGCACCUCGGACGAUAACCGAUAUCCGCAGUUGUAUCGUUAGCAGGGAUACGCUUGAAUCGAAGGGGUCUCGGUGCCGUGCUUGUUCCUCGAGCAUCAAACGAUUUAGGUCGGGGAGGGUGUUUGUCUGCAUUCAAGCGAUACCUUGUCGUUUUUGUGCGGUCGGCGUGUCCUUCGGAGCGAUUCAACACACAUUGUACGUUUUCAAUUCACGGACGAUCACGUCGGGCUUCCAAGACUAAAUCUGUCGGGCUUACAAUCCUACGCACCGGUGUUUUCUAUGAGCGAAUUGUUUCUGUGUUUAUAUCGCAACGAACGUAGUCGACAGAUGUGUGGGGAAGGAGNGGGGGGGUCGUUACAUCUGUGGCCGUUCGGCAUGAACACGGAGUGGAGUAGGAUGCAGGAGGAGAGGAGCUGCUGUGAAAGCAAUUUUAAGUGAGUGGGAACGUUUUGGGUUGGUAAUUUGUUCAGUACAUAUUUCAGCCCUCGUUUUAGUAGCAAUUCUCGGCCCCGUUCGCCCAGACCCUUCGUCGAUAGGAGGACAGGGCAGCAACAGCUUAUAGACUAUUAGCAGAAGACAGUUGUUCGGAAGAUGAAAAUCACGAGGGGAAGCAAGAACAGUCAGUCGUGCUCACAAAAACUGUCGGCUCUUCCCGCUGCUGCUUUUUUCUC